GGGGCAUUUUUAUUAAACAUAAUACCAAGAGUGUGUUUAUGUGUAAAAUAGAUCUUUAGUUGAUACAUGUUACAUUCAGUUAAAUCUGCUAAACAUCAAUUUACCGAGAAAAAUGGUGUCCUUCCACUGACACUAUCCAGGUGUGGAUGCACACGAAAUGUCAGAUUGUGUUCUCACGAGUUGCUUCCCAUUGUGCCUUGCUGCGUAGAGAACGAGGAAGCUUCCAGAACGAUCGAAUCAUUUAACGGUGCGAGUUUGCAUUACGGCAGUGGUUGAAAGGAAAACCCCGACAAAUAAUCAGCCAUUAUGCUUGCCCUUAUAUUAUCCUUGUAGUGAAAAGGAAUUGGUUUUGCAAGCAGUCAGCGAUUACUACUUCGUGUCUUGACGAUUCAACGCACCGGCAUAAUUAAGCACGGACACUUAAGCACAACAGCACUGAUAAGACAGCAACACAAUGGUAUUCGAAACGGCAUUUUACGACAUUCUGGGCGUACAGCCCAACAGCACACCGGAAGAGCUAAAGAAAGCGUACCGAAAGCUGGCACUCAAGUACCAUCCGGACAAGAACCCAAAUGAAGGAGAAAAGUUUAAACAAAUCUCGAUGGCGUACGAGGUGUUAUCCGAUCCGGAGAAAAAAGCCAUCUAUGAUGCAGGCGGUGAGAAUGCUAUCAAGCAGGGAUCCGGUGGGGGCGGUGGCUUCCACAGUCCGAUGGAUAUUUUCCACAUGUUCUUUAACGGAGGCUUUACCGGACGUAAAAGCGAGCGAAAGUCGUCGAAUUUAAUCCAUACGCUAGGCGUUACCCUGGAGGAGCUAUACACUGGAACAAAGCGUAAGCUGGUGCUACAGAAGAACGUUAUUUGCGAAACAUGCGAGGGUAUCGGUGGCAAGCGGGGUGCAUCGCAGAAAUGUGCACCGUGCCGGGGGACGGGUGUGAUAACGAAGGUGCAAAAAAUCGCCCCCGGGUUGGUGCAGCAGUGCGAGGAACGGUGCCGAAACUGUCGCGGUCUGGGCGAAACGAUCGAUGACAAGGAUCGCUGCAAAGAGUGCAACGGGCGCAAAACGGUACGGGUGCGCAAACUGCUCGAGGUGGAAGUGUUCCAGGGCAUGAUGGACGAGCAGCGGAUCGUGCUGCAGGGCGAAGGUGAUCAGGAACCGGACCACCGGCCCGGCGACAUUGUCCUGGUGCUGGAGGAAAAACCGCACGCGGUAUUUAAGCGCAACGGACAGGAUCUGUUAGCGCACGUGGAGCUGCAACUGUCCGAAGCGUUGUGUGGAUUCCGGAAGGUAAUUAAAACGCUCGAUGGGCGUGAUAUUGUCAUCCAGACGUAUCCGGGCGAGGUGGUGAAGAAUUUCUCAACCAAGUGCGUGAUGGGUGAGGGUAUGCCAUCGUUAAACGUUCCGACGGAGAAAGGACGGCUGAUCAUACAGUUCGUCGUCACGUUUCCGGAUUCCCUGCCGCCGGAGAUAGUGCCUGAAAUUCGCAAGUGUCUUCCAAACCUACCGCCGGAACCGAUUCCCGAAGACUGCGAGGAAGUCGAAAUGAUCGAGUUAACAGAGGAACAAUACCAAAUGAUGAACGAUGACGAUGAGGAUAGUCAGGAUUCGGGCCGAUUGCCAGGCCACGGAGGCGAACGAGCGCACAUGCAGGCUUGCAACUCGAGUUAAAACACACAUGCGGUUGGUUUGUUUUUUUUUAUAUACCAUAGCAAAUAUAUUAUAUAGAUGUUUCAUGAGAUACGUGGAGCUGUCCCUACGAUAGACAGUAAUAUACCAGUAUAGUAAUCGUAAUGAUUUGAUGUUUCAAAUCAGGUUUUGUGUACUCUUUAACAAAACAUUGGUUUUAGCUUUCGGUUUAUUUUUUAUCUUUUUUUUAAUUAAUGCUUCUAUUCCGUUCUAUAUUUUUGUCGAAGAUAAUGAAAUAAUUUAGAUCAUGAUCACGAAGUAUUGUAAAUCACAACAUUUACAUACACAUCCACAUACAUGCAAAAGCUGUGUAUUUGUAAAUAAUUGCUCUGUAAUUGCUUGCAUUUGAUGGAUAACUUGAAAGGUGUUUUGCAAGUUAGCAAAAAUGGAGUCUAGCGCGGCCCUCCAUGCACACUAUUCUCAUUGUAUCAAGCGGAAGAAAAGACACACAGCACUUGAUAGUCAGUACGCUGUAAACACGAUACUAUAAAGGAAGGAAGACGUGCACCGCACGCAUAGUUACGGUCCGUUGCAGCAUCUAUUUAGUUUCUUUUUUUUAAAUUUAAUUUACUUUGCCACACAUCUGUCGUCAUACUGUUCCUAAACAUGCAAACCGAAUGAAUGAAUAGUUGUUUAAAAAAAUCGUUUGUUUGCUAGCUACACGGUUUGACCGUUCAAAAUGAAUUUUAAAAUGAUAGCUCACCAAGUUUUUUUUCGUGUGUGUGCAAAUGAUCCUAGCGUUAAUGAAAGAUCAACAGGUAUUAAGACUUUGUUAAGUAUAAUGUGAAGGAAGUGGAAGGUAUCGUGAUGUAUAACUGUUACUACAGUAACAAAUCGAAUUACGAAGUCUGCCGUUGGUGAAUUGGCCACUCGAAGAUUGGUCAAUUCUCGCGCUUUCAGUUCAACUCACAUCGGACGUUAGGCUUUUCUCUGGAUUUCCAAGCCUAGUGUCUAACUGUGGACCGUGUAAAGACGCACGGAAUUGUUCGGAUUGGGACAAGUAGUCGUUCUUUUUUCACAAUCAAAAUUCAAUUGUGCUGCACAUGCGUUUCUUACCUUACCCGUUUAUUAUACACUUGAAUCGGUUUUUUUAACGAUAUUUUCUGUGUAGUGGCAGGACGCGCAUAAUAGAAUGCUGUGAAAAGAUGAGAGAUCUUCAGGGAAAUAUACCAUUAAGACAGGGGAUAAGAAACGGAAUGAAAAAAUGAUGCAUUUCGCUUACGCAGCUGCGAUGUAUUGUAGAUAUGCUAUUAGUAAGCAAUUUGUAAUACGCAUUCACCACGUAAAGAGCAAAUUUAUAAAACGGUAUGAAGUAAUGAUACCUGUUACAGUGUGAGCUGCAAACUUUUGAAGACGAGUUGUUAAGUUUGCGGACGGUUUCCAGAAGAGAUUCUGUUGCCUAUUUCAUAUCAUUUUCUUUUUCUUAAAAAUAUGGCGUUUAAUACAGUGACAAUGAUAGUGUAAAGAAGAUAGAUACAAAAUGGAAAACAAGUGCUGCUAUUAUUUAGUUAUGACUGCGAUCCUGCACGGUACAAGUGUUCGAAAUAAAUGUCUGACAAUGUA